AAAACCAAACCAACCAAACAAAAAAGAAAUUAAAAAAAAAACAAACCCAAACCAUUCCAAGACAAAUACAGCAAAUAACCACUGGCAUCACUUGCAACAUCUCUGGAGCUGCAUCAAAUCCAGCUUUAUGUGCAUGAAAUUAUGAUUUCUUCCCCCUCAUGCACUGCACAGCCAUGGCUUUUGCACAGCAUUGAUGAGUCCUUGUAAGACAGGGCACUUUACCCCUGGGAACACCAAAGUCUCACCCAGGAUGUUGCUUCAGAUCAGGACUUAAGCUAAAAUCUUGCUUCAGAGGCAGAGUUUUGGUGAGGUAUAGGCCAGCGAGCUGUAACUCAGGCUGCAGUGACUGAGCUGUGACAGUGCAGCCUCUCUGGAGAACCCUCCAGAGGGUUCUAGAACAGAACCCUCUCUGUUCUAGGCACUUCUGCCCCACUGAUGUUCUCAUUGAAGGCACUGGGAAGGUUUUUUCCUUUAGCCUCCCUGGAGUGGGACUAUUCCUUACCAAGGAACAGAGCAGGUCACCCCAUCACCCUUAUUCUGGAGAAGCACCAACCUGCAUGUCUUCUCUCCCUCCAUUCCCUGCUUCUUGAGGAACUUCUUUGAGAGCUGUGCUCUUUUUUCAUGCACAGGUGAAACCCGCCUGUGAACUCAAAAAGUGACUGGGGUUGGGAUCAGACAGAUGGGUCUUUGCAGAAUGAAGCUGGGCUAAAAAUGCCCAUGUUGCUUCAGGCAGGACAAAAGAAUAACAGCCAAAACUACCAACAUCAUGAAACUGGCAUCCUAGCGUGACAGGUUGCAUUAUACAAGAAAAGAAAACACUUUUAAAUUUAAUCUACACAUUUAAAAUAAGUAGAAAUAGGCCUUUAAUGUUUUUAAUGCUAUACUUUCACUGAGGAGGAUAGAGACAGGGAUGCAUUCCAAUCUGUAAAUGUGCAGUGUGCUCACACACUGCCAUGAGGGAGUGGGAUGUGGCCUGGCCUUGAUCCUCAUGCUGCUGUGCUGGCUCAGACUGGGUCAGGACAGUCUGCAAGGGCCAAAAAGGAGUGCUGCCAUCUCUCUGCUUCCUGGGGAAGCUUCUCAGGGACCAGGAUGGGUUUUAAGUGAGAGCAGUAAAAUGGUUCAGAGGCUGCAACAUUUGCAUUUUCCAAGAGAGGCACGGACCCCUGCUUUCCUUAGAGACAAUGUUAAGGUGAUGCAGAAAUGGUGAGUGAGGCCAGGGCAGGACCUUACCCUGCUUUCCUCCACGGGGUGAGGAACCACAGGAAAUCCAACAGGAGACAGUUAGGUUGUUGCACUAGUUGGUCCCAUUCCUCCUGCAUGUAUAACCCAAAAUGAAGGUGCUCCUUGGCAAAGCGAUUGCGUGGAAAGAUGCAACUAGAUCCCAGCAGCUCCAAAAAUUUUUCAGGGCUCUGAGGUACUGCCAUAACCCUCCUGGAAUCAUGGCUGGGGGCUGAAAGAUGUGUCCUUGCCUCAUAUGAAAGUCCCAUUUAUCUGAUGGUUUAUGAAUUUGGCUCGUGCCCCUUCUUCUCAUAUGGAUGAGGUUGUGGUGAUGUGCCAGCCUCACCUGCCCCAUUAUUAAAAGUGAUGUGAGCUGCUGGUGGAAGAGGCACAUUGCACAGCAGCUGCAGGUCAGACCCAGGUAUCAUCAACACAAAUCUUAUGCAAGAGGAUGGAAAAGGGUGUGGAACUGCAGGCCACCCAGCAGCUCCAUCAUCUGGAGAGGUAAUUUAUUUUUUUCUCAAAUCCUCUGUGAGUGCUGACUUCUCCAACCAAGCAAUUACCUGUCUUCAUGGGAAAGCACAUAAAAUGUUGAGUGACUGCAGUGGCAUCUCUUGGGCAGCAUGCAGAGAGGGCUAUGAAGCAUGAGCCUGACCCAGCUGGACAGGACACUGAUGCUCCAGCCCUGAGUGGGCUCCAUGUGGGGCCAGCACUCUGUCAGAACCCCCCGGCUCCCACAAGGAGCUUUUCCCCAGACCCUCCAGCCCUCAUGGAUGCAGGAAGCUCCAGCAUAUGCUGCUGCUGCUGCUGCUGUGGUGAGCAGAAAACCAGCUCAGAGUCUGCUGUGCCCUGAUGGGCCGGUCACAGCUCUGAACAAGACACACCAGCCUUGGGGCUACUUGGCUGUCAUUAAAAUGCUGUGGAUGGAAGGAAAAGUCUAAUUGACUAAACAACAGCCUGCACUGUGUAAUUAAACUAAUUGUGGCUCUACCUGCAUGGGUCAGAAGUAAUUUGUGUGGCUGUUAAAUCACUGACAAAUAAGAGGUGGAGAGGUGUGUGGAAGUAUUUCUUACAUGUGUUUCCAUAGGUCAUUUUGCUCAUUUUGCUGUUUCAUUUCAGGCAAUUUUAUGCCUUUGAAAUUUUUGGUUUCUGUCAAAUUUGAGGAGAUUGUUAAUAUUUGAUGUUGAAGCAGGGGAAAGUAAAAAGGUCACUGUUGUUAGCAACAGUGUUUCAGGAGGCAGAGUUUCAAGUGGCAGCAAUACUUUCUCAGUGCUAUUUUCUUAUUUGAAGUUAAAUCCCUCAAAAAGAAGACAGUCUGUUUGCCAGAAUGUGUAUCACCUUGGCUCUGCAUCCACUGGGGACAAGGCAAUUGUUUUUAUUGACUUGGGCAGCAGAAGACCAGGCCUUCUAUACAACCUGGUGAAACACAGGUCACUCCUUUACUGCCAGGAAUUUAUGGAUUGCUUGGAAAGUUCUGGCUUCAGAACAUGGUGCAUUUGGAAGAAGUUGAAUGAGAAACCUGCUGUAGUGUCAUGUUGAAACUUUGACCUUGUUUUCAAGUCCUUGCAAAGCAGAGCCACCUCCAUCUUGUAGCUCUGCUCUUAUUGAUUAUCAUUUUGGGUCCUUCAGGCAUUUUUCUGUGCCCAAAGCACCGUGUGCUUUUCAGAACAAAUAAUCUGACAUGACAGAGAGCUGCUGAACUGACUCUGCUCUCUCUCUGCUGUCAGCACAGGACAAAGCUUUGUGCUCCUGCUGCAGGAGACCCUUCUGGAUAAGUGGAGGGGCUGACAUGAGCCAAGCACUUGGCCUGGGGAGAGUGAUGCCUGUGGUUUUGCUGGUCAGGGCCGUGUGUCUGGGGAAGGACAUGGCACAGCUGGGCUGUGGGACAUGCCCAAGCCCUUCUGUCCUAUCAUCCAUCACUGCAGAGAGGACAGUAGCUGGGAUGGGUCCUCAGUGGGAUCCUCUUGCCUGUUUUUCUAUUCCUUUAAUGUGAAGAAACCUCUAUAAAUCUAGCUCACUCUUUCUGAGCUGGAGAUGAAGAAUCUCACUUUUCAGGUAAGAAGAAAUUGCCAGCGUGGUCUGCUGCUCCUUUAUCAUCUUAUCCCCACUGUAGGAAAUAUGAGGUGUGACCAACUAGCUGCAGUAUCACCCCAGAACUGUGGCAACAGAAACAGGGAAAAGAGCACAGGGAGAACAGGAUAUAUAAAUACUUUUAAAAGAUAGCGGCUUACCUUCUGUUUUUUGUCUACAGAAAAAAAAAGAAGUGAGUCUAAAUGGCUCCUACUGAGUCAAAUUUUUUAUGUCUCCAGGCAUAGCUUAUUACCCUGACUUAGCCCAGCUCUGAGCUCUUCCCAAGGGUUUUGGUGCUAUUUCUUCUAUUUUGAUUUAUAAAUUUUCUUGAUUUUACUUUCCUCCUACACAUUCUGUAUAAUCUUUUUCUCCCUGCCUUAGUGAGGAGCCAGGAGGUGGUGUGACAGUGCUAUCACGAGGUAUGGGACAGAAAUGGGGUCUGCCAACCAAAGCAUUUGCUCUGCGUGUCCUGCAAUGGUUUUUUCUGGCAUCUGCCUCAUGAGCUAUGUGAAAUGGUCUCUUCUCCCCAGAAACCAUUUCCAUGCUGCCUCUUGCUGCUGGGCUUGCUGCAGCCAUCCUGGGGCUGGAGGAGUGAGUUGAGGCUUGGUGUGGGCUCCAUAGCUCAGGGAGCCUGGUUACAGACUUUGUCCCACAGGAAGGGGAUUUCUGCCUUCUCCACUGACUUAUCAGAAGGAAUUACAGAUAUUUCCUGGUUCAACCAUUCCCUUCACAGCUGAAAGACUUUUUCUGACCUCAGUGAUGAAUUCUGUGGGGGAACAAAAUCCACCUGCUAUAAUAAUGGGAUGCUUGCUGUAGUAAACAGGAGUCAUACUGCCAUUGAGCCUGGACUUAGGAGACCAUCUCUGUCCAGUACACUUUAGAAAUGCUAAUUAACGAGUCCCCCAAACAUCCCAUGGGCCAAAUGGGUACUGUUUCUUUAUGAGAAUAGACUGCCAAGUCUAGAAAGAAGCUCAGGCAAGGUCAGCUUUAACUGCUAGAACAUGACACCUCUUUAUAACAUUGAUUUGUUUCCUGAUAUACCCAUUUUGUUUUUCUUUCUUUUUGUUUGUUUGUUUUCCAAUGUUUGCAUCUAUUAAUGUUUUUGUCAACAGACUUCUCUGGGAGAUUGUAGCACUGAUCACCCUCAAGACCCCUGGUGAGGAUUAAAUUUGUCUCUGUAAAAUGGGCUGAGAAGUGGAUGAGAGAAAACCCCAUGCCAGUCCUGCCUUCUGUGCUGGCUGAGGGGAGAGGAUAAAACCAGGAAAAGUAGAGAGUGCUAUUUCCUUGGAAGAGUCCCUCAACCUCCAACAACUUCCAGCUCAAGGUUUACUGCAGAAUUGCAGUAGUAGAUUCUGGUGGAUUUUCCUUCCAUUAUUUAUCCCCUUAUUUUUCUUUUCUAAAGUCAUAUAAACUCUUGGCAUCCAGCAUGUCCUGCUGGAUGGGGGAGUCUUGCUCUAUAGCUACACAUUUUCUGGAAUAUCACCUCUUGCUCUUUUUGAACCUACCACCUGCUGGUCAUGGUUUAAUCCCUUGCAGUUUUUGUGUCAGAAAUGGUGAAUACUUGGAUUCUAUGACACUGAUACAUUUAUGGGCCCCUGCCAGCUACCUCUUCCACAGAACAAUGGAUCCUGUUUCAUUUAUACUCUCUUCACAUGGAAGUUACUCCACUCUUUCAAGCAGCCUUUUGGCUCUCUUCCAUGCCUUUUCCUGACUUUGCAAUGGCUUGUGUGACAGGAAGAGAGAACUGCACUUAUUUUUCAAGACAUAAGUGCAAUAUUGGGUUAGACACAGGGGUAGUAACAUAGCCUGCUCUCUCUCUUUCCAAAUUGUUAUGGUGUGAUGGUUACAUACUUCUUAAGAACUAAAAUCAAUGCAAGUAUUAACUAAAUUUUUUUAGUUGGACUCACGCAAUUAAUCAUCAGGACUUUGAAGUCCUGACUUAAUGGGACUUCAGUGGUUCACAGGCUGGCUCUAGUCACAGUGAGCACAAGCUGAACACACCUGGGGAUUACAGAACCAACACAGUGCACAGGGAGGGGCUGAGCAAGCAGUGAUUGCCUUGCCGGAUGCUGCAGGUACACAGCUGUGAACAUGGCUGUGUUGCUGCUGCGGUGAGGGAUAAAUGCAUGGGAUUUCCAAGGGGAGCACAUCCACAGCAGUGCUUGGCUGGCAGGGCCACACAAACUCUCAGGUGGCUCUGUGACUGCUGCACUCAGUUUUGGACCCCAGGCCUGGGAGCUCUGGCACCUCCAUCGUGCCCUCCUCCACUGUCACUCAGACAGGACAGAUGUAGUUCUGUGCUGCGUGGUGGGUCCCCCACAACCUGUGGUUUUGCUGCAUGCCUACUGGUCCCAAAGCUCUUCCUGCAGAGCACUGGCAUGAGAAGCAGGUAAGAUGAGAGUUGAGGGAUUUGUUCUGUGAUGGUAACAACCAAGUCUGACACAACACAUUGACACAGAACACCUUCCUUCUCUCCUUUCUCACCAGGAGCUUUGCCCAGUGCUUCCCCUCCUGUCUUCUCGUGGCCAGGCCAGAAACUGCCAUUCCUGCUCCUCCAGCCCCUCAGCAAGAGUGGAUUCACCUCUGAGCCGCCAUGGGCAAGAUGGACAACACCUCUGUGGAGCUGAGCUCUCCCUCUGAGGUGAAGCAGGCAGCCCUGGAGGAGCCAGAGCCCAUCAGCCCUGAGGUCGUGAGCACCAAGAAGAAGAAGAAGGAGAUCCCAGACAGAGGUUCCUGGAAGGGGAAAUUCGACUUCUUGCUGUCCUGUGUGGGCUAUGCUAUCGGUCUGGGCAACGUCUGGCGCUUCCCUUAUCUCUGUGGCAAAAAUGGAGGAGGGGCCUUCCUCAUCCCCUAUUUCCUGACGCUGGUGUUUGCUGGGAUUCCUCUCUUCCUGCUGGAAACUGCUCUGGGCCAGUAUACCUCUAUUGGUGGACUAGGAGUCUGGAGAUUAGCACCCAUGUUCAAAGGUGUGGGCCUGGCAGCCAUGGUUCUGUCCUUCUGGCUGAACAUCUACUACAUUGUCAUCAUUGCCUGGGCUCUCUACUAUCUCUUCAACUCCUUCACUUCGGAGCUGCCGUGGCAGAGCUGUGGGAACGCCUGGAACACCGAGCGCUGCUUCUCCAACUACUCCCUAAACGACACCACCAACCUCACCAGCGCCGUCACCGAGUUCUGGGAGAGGAACAUGCACCAGAUGUCCGGAGGCCUGGGGGAGCCUGGCGCUGUCCGCUGGCCCCUGGCUGGCACGCUGGCCCUGGCCUGGCUGCUGGUCUACUUCUCCAUCUGGAAGGGUGUGGAGUGGACAGGCAAGGUGGUGUAUUUCUCAGCCACCUACCCCUACUUCAUGCUUUUCAUCCUCUUGUUCCGGGGAGUCACGCUGCCAGGAGCCAAGGAGGGGAUCCUCUUCUACCUCACACCUGACUUCAGGAAGCUCUCUGACUCUGAGGUCUGGAUGGAUGCAGCCACUCAGAUCUUCUUCUCCUACGGCCUGGGGCUGGGGUCCCUCAUUGCUCUGGGCAGCUACAACACUUUCCACAACAAUGUCUACAGAGACUCCAUUAUUGUCUGUUGUAUAAACUCCACCACAAGCAUAUUUGCAGGGUUUGUUAUUUUCUCUAUCAUUGGCUUCAUGUCUCACAUCACAAAGAAGUCGGUGUCAGAGCUGGCCUCCUCAGGCCCUGGACUGGCUUUCCUGGCCUACCCGCAGGUUGUCACACAGCUGCCCUUGUCCCCACUCUGGUCAAUCCUCUUCUUCUCCAUGCUGAUGAUGCUGGGUCUGGACAGUCAGUUCUGCACUGUGGAAGGGUUCAUUACAGCCCUGAUGGAUGAGUACCCUCGAGUCCUAAGAGCCAGGAAGAAGAUCUUCAUCGCAAUAGUCUGCUUCAUCUCUUAUCUCAUUGGAUUCUCCAACAUCACCCAGGGUGGCAUUUAUGUCUUCAAGCUGUUUGAUUACUACUCAGCCAGUGGCAUGUGUCUUCUUUUUCUUGUCUUCUUUGAGACCAUCUCAAUUUCUUGGUGUUAUGGUGUUAACAGGUUUUACAGGAACAUUGAAGAAAUGAUUGGCUACAAGCCUUGCAUCUGGUGGAAGAUCUGCUGGGCCUUCUUCACUCCUCUUGUCUGCCUGGGUGUGUUCUUCUUUAGUGUGGUGGAAAUGACCCCUCUGACUCUGGGCAAAUACGUCUAUCCCGUGUGGGGCCAAGGCAUCGGGUGGCUCAUGGCCCUGUCCUCCAUGUUUCUGAUUCCAGGGUACAUGCUCUACUCCUUCUUCACCUCAACAGGGACCCUCCGGCAGCGUUUGCAGCAGAUGACCCAGCCCAGGCCAGAGGGGCACGCUCACAACAACGGCCUCCAGCCCAAGACAUCCUUGAACGGGAAGAUCUCGGACGCCGCCGUGUAGGAGGAAAGCCCCAGCUCCUCGCUCUGCCCUGUAGUUGCUCAAAGCUCCACAUUGUCCCUCGAGCUCCUCUGGCACACCUGGCUGUCCCUGGCUCUGCGGUGGCUUUCCUUUGUCCUGGUGGACCUGGUGGAGGAACCUGCUCAUGGCUCUUCCUCCUGGCAUGGCUGACCAAGGCCCUGAACCAGCUGCCACCAGGGCAUUGUGUGGUGGCCCCUUCAUCCUGCAACCUCCUGGUCCAGGGCAUUGUGUGGUGGCCACCUUCAUCCUGCCACAUCCUGGUCCAGGCCCUCCCCAGGGAGGAGCAGCUGGUGCCCACAUCUUCCUCCUCCUGAGGAGAGGUGGUGUCUCUGGAGAGCUUAGACUGGUUGUUAUCCACUUCUCUGUUUUUCUCACCUUUCCAUGUGAAGCUCCACAGAGCAUCCCCUAGCACACAGCUGUGUUUCACCCCAGAGAGAUUGCUACCACUAGGUUCAAAUCCCAGAUGGCUGGCGGAGCAUAAAACACCAGCAAAUGCAUAACUGGAGGGGAUGUGCAGAGCAAAGGGCUCUAGUGCAGAACAAGGGAUUCUAGUGAGAAGUUGGUAGCUGCAGGACAUCACCCCACACCUGGAGAAGGGCUUGGGGACAGUGUGUGCUGCUCACAGUGCCAUGUUUCAUCCCUGCACAGUCUCCAGACAUGUUUGCUGCAUCCAUUGGGGCUGGCACUGUGAGCCAGAGCCCAGUGGAGCAGUCAACCUUUCUUUUCUGGAGCAUCCUGCCCUCUGUAGCUGUGUGCAGUUGCCACACCCUGUCCCUAAAAAGCAGCUAAAAGGGUAAAUGGAGGGCUCUUUGCUACAGGCUGUUCAAGUCCCCCACACUGACCACAACAAGCUUCAUGCAGAGGCAAGGCUGUGUGAUAAAGAGAUUUUCCAGCACUGUGAAAAUCUCCACCCAGGAUAAAACAGGGUAAUUCCUGCCAAGCACCCUCCCAGGCUGUGUCCGGGAUGGGAAACAAUCAGAUGGAGCAUGGUGCCCAUGGGUGGUUCAGUUUACAGCUUUUUCAGGAAGUGGCCACUCCUAAACCCCAGCUGGUGGAAUGCAGGAAUUCCUGAGGCAGUUGUCAGGAUGUAACCACCAUGUUAAAACCACACCUGUGAAGCAGUGCUGCCUUCCCUUGUUCAGCCAGAUCAGUCACUGGCACAUCCCAGCUCCCAACACACAAACCACAGAGGGCUGAGAGCUCUUGUAGAUGGUGCUGGAAGAGUGCAACACCUUGGAGAAGGCUGUGAAGUGUUUCAGAGCCAUUCUAGAACAGCAGCAUAUUUCUUGGUGGUAAAGCUGUGUGAAAGGAGGUGGCCUGUCACAGCACCACGUGUAGGUGUGACAGUGACACUCCCAGUUGUGCCAGUGACUCCACACAGAGACAUCCUUGUACACAGAGUGUUUGAUGAGCACACAUGCUGUGACUUAGUGCUGAUUAGUCUCUCUCCUCCCCUGGCACAGCAUUGCCAGGCCUGCUGACACUCCCAGCUUUAGAUCAGAAUCAACAAACUCAUAAAUGAUCAUUCAAGAAAAGGUACAUCCCACCCAUCUUUCCUGCCAAUGAGUCUGGCCUCAGAGUGACACACUGCGGUCCCCCUGCAGGUGACAGAUGCGUGAUGAGCCUUUGCACAAUUGUUCUGCUCUCCAAUAGUAGCUUCAGAAUGCUGCAGGUUGGCCCUGUGCUGCUUGUCCCUGUGACUCACCAGAGCAUGGGGCCAACCUACACCUCACCAGUCUUCCAGCCUGUGGACCAAGAAGUUUUCUGGUGAAAGCUGAGCUCAGACCCCUUUGGGAGAGGAUCCCCUGCCAACUCAUCAGUGCGUCUUGAUUAACGUUGCUUCAGAAGUGUAACCAGUCUGUAUUUGUGUGCAUGGUUCUCAGCAGUUAUGGCUGUGGGCAUUAAGUGCAUGUUUUGUGGUCUCCAACACCCUGGGCUGAGAUCACGCCCUGUCCCACCUGUAAUUGUUGCAGUGUUUGUGUCAAAAAAAUUGCAGCUGUUAAAUAGACAUGAGGAAAUGCUGUAUUUUUAGGCUUAGUCUUGUAAAGCCAAAAGCCAAACACUGAAACCUGCAAUCAUAGCUCAUCACUAUUAAUCUCAGCCAGUUACAGACAUGUCAUCUUUCCUUGUCCUUAAUUUGUCUGUGCCACUUAGCUCAACAUUUCUAUUCCAAUUUCACCUGUUUUUAUGAAUUGGGGCACUAAGGAAACCACUCUUUAUAAACAUGUAUGUCCUUAGAGGGGGACAUCUGUGCACAGAAAAUAUGUUUAAGCUCAAAACUUUGCAGUAAUUACCCUUACAAGAGACCUGCUUUUGCCUGUGUAUCCCGGUCCCUUAACCUCCCUUCCCUCAAAUGCAGACUGAGGGUUGCACAGGUGGGUAGUGGGCAAUGGCCUCAAUUUUUGAGUGAGGCCAUAAAACCAUGGAAGACUUUGUUUCUUCAAACUUCAUUGGGACACCUCAGGUCUGAGGAGGAACAAAUCAGUGUAAGUGGUAAUUUUUUUGUCUCUUGGCCAAAGAGCUUGGUUACUGGCAGAGCUGCUCAAACGUUUCCUCCAAGGGAGUGGAGAAGGAAGGGCACAGAAACCAAAAUUCUUUCCCUGGUUGCGGAGGAAAUCUCUAAACCCCCAAUUCCUGUUUGCUACAAUUUUAGCCCAGCAUCUCUCUGACCUAUGGCCUUGCCUGUGACACAUUGUUCCAGAUGUGGCAGCAGGGGCUGCUCAUAAUAACAAUAUUUGAUGAGAUUUAACCAUUUGCUCCAUUUUCUGCUUGUGACCUUCUCCUCUGCUCUCUCCUACCCUGUUCCUUUUUGUUCUCUUGCCUCAGUCCUUCCCUGGUAUCAUUUGUCCAGUGGAAAUUAUCUACCUCAGCUUUAUCUUCCUCAGAAGAUUAUCUUCCUCCUGCUUUCUUAGUUCCACUACUGUAAAAUUGCAACUCUCUCUCCUUUCUCUUCUCCUUUCUAUUCUUUCCUCAUUUUUAUCUCUUUCUAUUAUCACCAGCCUCUCUUCCCUGUUUCUCUCCUGAGCUUUCCUUCCACCCUAGAGCUCCUUCCUGCAUGCCUGUGGCUUAGCCUCUCACUGUGUGCAUGCUCAACACAUGAAAGCUGGAAAGCUGGAUCCCAGGAUCCCAGAGAGGAGCCCAGAUUUUCACAGGAUCCAGUCCCUAAGAACCAAUUUCCACCCCAAUAUCUAAAUUAUCAUGAAGUUCCAGGUAUUUCUCUUCCUCUUUGCACCAGAAAAUGCUGUGCCAAGGAAUAUUAUCUCCUGGUAUUACUAGAAAGACAUUCCAGCCCACAUUCCACCAGUGUGCACGGAGCUGUGCCUGUUCUGAAAGGUUUUGUGACCUUUCCUGGUUUUGCACUAUGUUAUUUCCACCAUGAAUAUUUGGAUCUGUGAAGCCUGGCACCCAUAACCUUGCAGGUAGGAAUUUGCCCUGUCUGAUGGACUGAUGCCCUUCUCCAGCAUUUCAAACUCAUCCCAUCCUUAGCUGGAAGAGCCUUCCCACCUCCACACACAGGUUUUCAUCUAGUGAGAAGUCAGGGGUGUUGAUGGACCCUCUUUAGCUGAUCCCACACCUCUGAAAUGCCACUGUGGGUGGGUCUGUCAAAGCAGCCAUAUCUGUUCACUGACUGCAGGAACUGCUUCUGUCCUGUUCCCCCCACAUCUGCUGACCACCCCUCUGCUCCUCAUUCCUUCUGACUCACCCAGAAGAGAGGAUACAUGGCCAGGGUGUGGAUUGCUCUCCUCUCCUCACUGCUGUAGUUCAGAAGGGGAUUGUGCUCCCCUGUGCUCAUGUACAGCACUCCUGCCUUUUCUCUGUCCCCUCACCUGCCCACCACAGGCAGCUGCUUGAAAUAAUCCUUUAUGAAAUCUCUUAAUUCUAAGAAGCUAUUUAGGGACCUGUGUUCAAAUCCCUCUGAAAUCCUCUUUUUCCUGAGGCCUGCAAAAUAUAAAAUAAAUGCCCCUGCCCCCAUCCUCUGCUGCAGCAGGGGGUGACACGGGCCAUGGGAAAGGCAGGACUGUUCUGCUGCUGCUCAAGGGCUGCUUCCCCUGGAGACCCAGGUGAGAUCCUCUCCCCUGGGAGAGGGGAGCUCUUGCUGCUGCUGUUCUAGCAGAUGUGUUCCAGCAGCUGGCAGCUGGUUACAAAACCCUUGUGCCAUGUCCAUGGCAGGAUGUGGUGCUGUGUGGCACUGGAAGGCUUUGGCUGGCCAGCCACUGUGCGGCUUGUAGUCUCUCCACAGCUCUAUUAAAUGGUGUGCUGAGAGGAGUUGUGUUGUGCCUUUAAAGCUGGUGUCAUUCUGGAUGAACACUUUGUCCUUAUCCAUUGACUCUUCCAGGGGGCCUCUCUCAGGACUGGAGGAUCCUGGCUGUGGUUUGUGGUGAUGGCCAGAUG